AUGUCUGUCAAUGACGAAGGACCUGCUCCUCCUCCUCCUACACCCAAGGCCAUUCAACCACCUGCAUAUCCAGCACCGAAUGACGUUCGAUACACAGCUGUUCCACCUACAUUACCAUUAUCAGACGAAGAGGACGAUCAACAACAUCGACCCAAUGUCACUCAUUUUCCCGGAGGACGUGCCAGCUUAAGUGUCCCUAGUCGUUUAGCGUUAAUGACGGGUGUAUCAAGUUUUUGGGGCUUUUGUCUUGGAUCGUAUCUUGGUGGACGACAAUCCGGUUUACAGUAUCUUGCCGAGAACGCACAUCGAUUGCCGACAACGGUGCAAGGCUGGUACUUUUAUCACAAGACCAAGAAUUACCGGAUGAUGUUGGGUGGUAUCAAACGUGGCAUGCUCUAUGGUGGACGUACAGGUGCUCUUUGUUUGAUGUAUGGAUCCGUGGAAUCAACGCUUGAUAGGAUACGUGGGGAGGAUGAUAUAUUGAAUUCCGUGGCUGCUGGUAUGACUUCGGGUGUUGUCUUUUCUGCCAUGACCAAAUUGACACGAGGAAGUGUACGUUACGCUGUCAAAGCUGGCUUGCUUUUCGGUCUAGUCGCUGGUGGAUUAUCAGAUUUACAUCGCACGUUGGCUGGCAACCCUCCACCUUAUGCAAGAUCCAUUCAAUCCAAAUUUAGUUCAUGA